AUGGUCGGAAGUACAGAUGUCGAAACCUUGCUGACUACAGGGCAUUGGACUACCCAAAGGGCUAAAACGCCCAGGUUGUCUAACCCGGUCCGAGCGAACCAGUCCUCCAAACUAGAGCCUCUGAACCAAAAAGGCCCAUGGACGCCCAGAACUCCCAGCUUCUUGGUCCGGCGAGGUCCCUUUCCUCCACCUCCCAGCGUUGAAGAUGAGGCUGCGUCGGUCGCCAAGGAAGAGGGCAGUCCAGUUGUCGGUGCAAGUGACGAGGAGCCAAAGUGCAGGGGUGAUAUCGAACAAAAUCCCAUCAUCCUUCCCGUCCCUGAAUUCAACUCGGAGCGGCGAUAUGUGCUCGUCACACCGUCUGAGACAGACGAUGGUUGUCUCUCCGAUACUCCGGCUGAAGAGAGGCCGGUCUCGACCCCGCGGACGGAGUAUCCAGCCAACACCAAGAUUCAACUCGACCGAAAGGCAGAUGAAGCGGGUCAGCCAGAAAUUCAGAGGCGCAGAUCAAGAGUCGACUUGCCCCGAUUAGAGACAGACGUUCCCCCUCCGCGUCCCAAGACACCGUCGCACUUGCAGAGAGCCCGGUCGGCAACCUGCGUCAAUCAGAAGCCCAAAGAAAAUCAGGACUAUUUCAGCCCCCACCCAGAAUCGGCACGGCCUGUCGUGGAUGCCUUUUUAUCGCCAGUCAUCCAGCACAGCACCAAGGGUCGUGAUAGGGCGUACUGGAAUUUCAACUCGGGUUCUGAAGGCACGAGUCCUCGAGCCUCAGCUAGCGGGCUGAAGCCUAAUUCAGCGGAUCGGAAGGGGCUCGAUGGUUACGCAAAAUCGCCUCUCUCGGCUACCAUGGCAGCCCAAAGGCGCACUCAUUCUGCUAUGGAUGUUCCGAGGGAAUCAAGGAGGAACGCAGAGCGGAACAGCUCUCACAAACCCGAGCUGUCUGGCCGCACGAGGAGGAGUGGCCCACCAUCCCCAACGCUGGACCAGCGUCAAUUGCCGCCGAGAUCGACCCGCAGAGAGCUUUCUCCGACGAGGUCCCAUUCGCAGCAGCAGCCAAAGUUGAAUCGGCGAAAAUCAAGUUACAACAACCGCCCGUCUAUGUCUCGGGAUGAUGGCCAUGGGCUUUCAAGUGACGAAGAUCGAGAUAAUAGGAGGUCUCGCACGCACCACGACCGCAGAAAGUCAAUGGUCAUCCAGGGUGAUCGUCCGAAUUUGCUGAGUCCUGGACCAGGUCCAGUCUCCAAGUCGAAGUCGCGACCUCCUUCGCCUUUGCCAUCACCCAAAUCGUCUCAAGCAUACCUGCCCGACUACGACUACCAGGACAAUCCUCGGACCUCAACUGCGUCGUUCAGCACUACUAGAACCAAAUCGAGAAAUGAAACUGAGAGGCCCGUUUCGCCGAUGUCCUCGGGAGAUUCUUCACCUCGAACUCGUUCGCGACUGACAGUCGGUAACUCUGGUAAUCGGCCCAGAGCCUCCUCCCGGACUCCAAGUGUCAGGUCCAAUGCGAGUGUCAGCAAGUCAGGAAAUACGUUGACGUCCGUCCCCGUCGCCAUACCAGUAGCAAUGAUGAUGGAUGACCGGAAAAGACAAACAAUGCCGCCAUCCCCAGCUUACUCACGUCAGGGCUCCUUGGACGCAAUCCAUGACCCGAAAGAUUACUGGCAGCCGGAGCCAUUUGUCCCUGAUCAAAGCCACAUAACUCCUCGACAUAGCGCGAGCAACGUAGAUCAAACCCCAUCCGUUGUGUCGUACCGUCGCUUCUCCGAGGACGUCAACGCAGGCGCCAACCCCGGCCUGCCGGACUGCCCGAUGAAAAGACCGCGUGCCGGAUAUACAAACUGGCUCACGCUGCCAAGAUGCGACAAUUUCACCAUCUGCCUCUCCUGCUAUGAGCAGGUCUUUUAUCCCACUGAAUUCCGCGACUUGUUCGUGCAGGCACCGUACCGCUACAGGGAGAGGGAGGUUUCGUGCGAUCUAGGGACGUCACCGUGGUACCGGAUCGCUUGGCUGAUGACACGCAAAUACCGGCGGACCGACCUGCGACUCAUCCGGGGCGUUGCGGAUGUUCUGUCGAAGGAGAAGGUCCCAUGCUACGGAAACACGAAAGUCACGCGGAUGUGGUACUCCAUCACCGACCCAGACACAAGACACUGCAUCCAGGACUUCCGAGUUUGCAGCCCCUGUGCGAAGGCGGUCGAGAUGCUGUUUCCGAGUCUGAUCGGCGUGUUCGUCCCUAAGGACCGGCAGGCAGAGCCCAAACCCGGCAGGUGCAGCCUGCACUUCACGCCGAACCGCAAUCGCUUCCUGACCUACUUUGACGUCUUCGAAAAGUGCCACGAUGACGCGAUAGCCACCAAGUCAGCCCCGAGUAUCCAGCGCCUUGCCGACAACAUCAACUUCUGGGCCGAGGUGAAGGAAUGCCCCCGCGACGAGCCACACCGUAAUACCAGGUGGUACAGCAUGGCCUCGGUCCCGGAGAUGACGGUCUGCGACGAGUGCUUCCUGGACGUUGUGUACCCAGAGCUGCUAGCAGACGUCAAGGCCCAUACAGUCGCGGGCUCGGAGCGCCGGUCGGUCGCCCGGGACUUCUAUCAGAAGCCGCUGCUCAUAGAGGCGACCACGGUGUGCCAGAUGGCGAGCCCCAAGAUGAGGGAGACUUUCCGGCGGGCUUGCAGGAGGGAUGAUGGUAUUGAGUUUUUGGAUGACCAGAUCAGGAGGAGGUUGAACGUUUAUUAA